GGGAAUUCCAAGAGCGGACUUUGACAGUGAAAGUGCGGAAACCUUUAAUAUCGUCUGCAUAUAAAUAUCGGCCAGGAAACCUACUGAUAUCAGAUUUUGAAAUAGAUCUGCUGAUAGAAAGUUAGAACAGCGCCAACAGUCAGUUGAAGUUAUAAAUAGAUAUGACAUCCACUCUGUCUCUUUUGUGUCUGUGCCUUGCCAUGGCUCUUUUCACGUCUCCCGUUUUGUGCCAAUUUUCGUUCAUGAAGCAAGCCUGGCAAGGAGGCGGCGAUAUGUGGAAGGCAUACCAGGACAUGCGAGAAGCAAAUUACAAGGGAGCCGAUAAAUACUUCCAUGCCAGAGGGAACUAUGACGCUGCCCAGAGAGGACCUGGAGGAAAAUGGAUUGCUGGAGUGAUUAGUGAUGCCAGAGAAGGAUGGCAAGGUGGGGUCAGCGGUCGAGGGGCAGAAGACUCUGCAGCCGAUCAAGUAGCCAACAAGUGGGGACGAGAAGGUGGAGAUCCAAACAAAUUCAGACCCAAAGGAUUGCCUGACAAAUACUGAUGG